GCCGCCGCCGCUGCCAGUGCCUGCGGCUCCUCGGUCCCUCUGCCUUCUGUUCUGAUCCCACCAGCUUGCUCCGCCUUGGUGCAGCCGGUGCCGGGGUGCUGCUUUCUUUCCUGCGCUGCGCACCGUUAGGUGCCUCGCCCCUGUCCUUCCCGUCUCCGAGUCUGCGGAAUCCUCCUUUCCGCCGCCCAGUCCACCUGUUUCCUCAGAAAAGGAGCCAGAUCGUGAUCCCUGCUGCGUUCCUGGGGCCAUGGCGGGUCUGGGCCCCGGCGGAGGCGACUCAGAGGGGGGACCCCGACCCCUGUUUUGCAGAAAAGGGGCGCUGAGGCAGAAGGUGGUCCACGAGGUGAAGAGCCACAAGUUCACUGCUCGUUUCUUCAAGCAGCCAACCUUCUGCAGCCACUGUACCGACUUUAUCUGGGGCAUUGGAAAGCAGGGCCUGCAAUGUCAAGUCUGCAGCUUUGUGGUUCACCGCCGAUGCCACGAAUUUGUGACCUUCGAGUGUCCAGGCGCUGGAAAGGGCCCCCAGACGGAUGACCCUCGCAAUAAGCACAAGUUCCGCCUGCACAGCUACAGCAGUCCUACCUUCUGCGACCACUGUGGUUCCCUCCUCUACGGGCUGGUGCACCAGGGCAUGAAAUGCUCCUGUUGUGAAAUGAACGUGCACCGACGCUGUGUGCGCAGCGUGCCCUCCCUUUGCGGCGUGGAUCACACGGAGCGCCGUGGACGUCUACAACUGGAAAUCCGGGCCCCCACGUCAGAUGAGAUCCAUAUCACUGUUGGCGAGGCCCGGAACCUCAUCCCCAUGGACCCCAACGGUCUGUCUGACCCGUAUGUGAAACUGAAGCUGAUCCCGGACCCUCGGAACCUGACCAAGCAGAAGACAAGGACUGUGAAAGCCACACUGAACCCCGUGUGGAACGAGACCUUCGUGUUCAACCUGAAGCCAGGGGAUGUGGAGCGCCGGCUCAGUGUGGAGGUGUGGGAUUGGGAUAGGACAUCCCGGAAUGAUUUCAUGGGUGCCAUGUCCUUUGGCGUCUCAGAGCUACUCAAGGCCCCUGUGGAUGGAUGGUACAAGUUACUGAACCAGGAGGAGGGCGAGUAUUACAAUGUACCGGUGGCCGAUGCUGACAACUGCAGCCUCCUCCAGAAGUUUGAGGCCUGUAAUUAUCCCUUGGAGUUGUAUGAGAGAGUGCGGAUGGGUCCCUCUUCCUCUCCCAUCCCUUCUCCAUCUCCCAGUCCCACAGACUCCAAGAGAUGCUUCUUCGGUGCCAGCCCAGGACGCCUGCACAUCUCUGACUUCAGCUUCCUCAUGGUCCUCGGGAAAGGCAGUUUUGGGAAGGUGAUGUUGGCAGAACGCAGAGGCUCCGAUGAACUCUAUGCCAUCAAGAUCCUGAAGAAAGAUGUCAUAGUCCAGGACGAUGAUGUGGACUGCACCCUAGUGGAGAAGCGUGUGCUGGCACUGGGGGGCCGAGGUCCGGGAGGCCGGCCCCACUUUCUCACGCAGCUUCAUUCCACCUUUCAGACACCGGACCGCCUGUAUUUCGUGAUGGAGUACGUCACUGGAGGAGAUUUAAUGUACCACAUUCAGCAGCUGGGCAAGUUUAAGGAGCCCCACGCCGCAUUCUAUGCUGCGGAGAUCGCCAUAGGCCUCUUCUUCCUACACAACCAGGGCAUCAUCUACAGGGACCUCAAGUUGGAUAACGUGAUGCUGGAUGCUGAAGGACACAUCAAGAUCACAGACUUUGGCAUGUGUAAAGAGAACGUCUUUCCUGGGUCCACAACCCGUACCUUCUGUGGGACCCCAGAUUACAUAGCGCCCGAGAUCAUUGCCUAUCAGCCCUAUGGGAAGUCUGUCGACUGGUGGUCUUUUGGGGUCCUGCUGUAUGAGAUGUUGGCAGGACAGCCGCCCUUUGAUGGGGAAGAUGAGGAAGAACUGUUUCAAGCCAUCAUGGAGCAAACUGUCACCUACCCCAAGUCACUCUCUCGGGAAGCUGUGGCCAUCUGCAAGGGGUUCCUGACCAAGCACCCAGGAAAGCGCCUGGGCUCAGGCCCAGAUGGGGAACCCACCAUCCGGGCGCACGGAUUUUUCCGUUGGAUCGAUUGGGAGAGGCUGGAGAGACUGGAAAUUGCGCCUCCUUUCAGACCACGUCCGUGUGGCCGCAGUGGCGAAAACUUUGACAAGUUCUUCACGCGGGCGGCGCCAGCAUUGACCCCGCCAGACCGCUUGGUCCUAGCCAGCAUCGACCAAGCGGAUUUCCAGGGCUUUACCUACGUGAACCCGGACUUCGUGCACCCAGAUGCCCGCAGCCCCACAAGCCCGGUGCCCGUGCCUGUCAUGUAACCUCACCUGCCGCCGCUAGGUGUCCCCAGUGCUCCCUCCGCCGCGCCGGCCGUAUCACCAUUCCCUCCCC